AUGGAUCCCCUGAAGAAAGUGCCCGUUUCUGAGGAUGUGGUCCACUACAGGCUCUUUCUAGUCCAUCCAGACACACAGACCAGUGAGGAGACCCUUCCCCAGCUUCUGGAGGACCUGCUGGCUGAACUCGCUCCUCUCUUAGUGAAGUACAUUUGGCAGCAACAGCCGUUCAACCUCAGCUACCAUCCAGAGAAAGGGGGUGUGCCGGCCCACCUGGCUGGCAGCACAGAGUUCGGUGAUAACGUGGAGGACGAGUGGUUCAUCGUUUACCUGCUCAAGCACCUCACACGCACCUUCAGUCAACUGGCUGCCAGUAUCCAUGACAACGAUGGGCAGUUCCUGCUGAUUGAGGCGGCAGAAUAUCUGCCCAAAUGGCUCGACCCCGACAGCAGCGAGAACAGAGUGUUCCUGUAUCGCGGGGAGCUGCACAUAUUACCCAAUCGCACGCGUUCUGGAGAGGUGGGCUGGCCCCGGGACUCGGUGCCAUUUCUGCAGGAGGCCCUGGACGUGCUGCACAAACAUGCUGACCACUGCCUGGCACAUCAGCGCAUCCGCUCUGCAAUCGACCGCAGACUGCAGGGGUACCCUGAUAAGAUCCAGUCUAGUCUCCAUCACGCUCACUGUUACUUGCCUGCGGCCAUUGCUGCAGUGUUGUCACAGCGUCCAGCCCUCAUAGCGCCUGCCGUAUCUGCUUUCUAUCUGCGUGACCCCAUUGACCUGCAGGCCUGCAGAACGUUCCGGAACUUUCCGCCGGACGCCAGAGUCCUCACUUCGGUGACGUUCACUCGUUGUCUGUACGCUCAGCUGAUGCAGCAGAGUUUUGUUCCAGACCGAAGGAGUGGAUACACCCUGCCCCCUCGCUCUCACCCCCAGUACAAGGCUCAUGAGCUGGGCAUGAAGCUGGCUCACGGCUUUGAGAUCCUGUGCAGUAAGAAUGGGCUGGCAGCAGCCGCGGGUCACGAGGCUCCAGUCAGCUCUCACCCACAUUGGAGAGGCUUUCUGGACAGCUUGCAGAGGAACGGGUACUUCAAGGGGGAACUGGAAGGCUCCGUGCGGUACAGAGAGUUAAUGACUUCGGCAGAGAACUUCUUCAAGCAGUCAGUCACAAGGACACACAGUUCCAGUGUUCAUGGUCCAGGUGAAGAGGUGCUGCAGGUGUUACAGAGCGCCCCCUAUAGUCUGGAGGAACUGAAGAAACAAGAGGCACAUCUUCCACCGGAGGAGAGUGAUGACUGGCUGAACAUCAGUUCUCAAGAGCUGGAGAGGUUGCUGGAGGAAAGGGGUGGUCGGGGGUUUACGUGUGGGACGCGAGUGGCUGAGGAAGAGGAGCGAGAAGAAGAAGCUGGCUACAGUCUGGUGGCCGUGACGCAGGGGAUGAAAAACUUCAUCAACGCCAUGUCGUCACACGAAGGAGCAGAAUUCCCACGGUCUUGUUUGCCAGAACCCUUUAGUUUUGACCCUGAUGUAGUGACCAGUACAAUGGACAGACUGCUUGGUGGAAAAGAUGAGGAGCUGGAUUCGGAUGAUUUUGAGGAUGAGGAUGAGGAGGAUGAGGAUGAAGAAGUAGGCCCUCGAGAGCAAGCAGGAGCAGAAGCUUUGGGCAGUUUGAGGAGAUACAUGGAUGAAAUGGAUCAAGAGCUGCAAACCACAAACAUUGGCAAGAGUUUCACCCGCAACGCCAAAGGCAAUGACAGAGCAGAUGCAGCCAGCAGCUCAGAGCCAGCAGAGGAGGACCUCCAGCCCUUGAAUGUGGAUGUGAACCUGGUCACAAAUCUGCUCGAGUCCCUGGCUUCACAGGCUGGCCUUGCUGGACCUGCCUCUAACCUGCUGCAGAGCCUGGGCAUCCACCUGCCCCCUAACGCUGACCAGUCUUAAGCCAACCAGAGCAGAAGGACUGAAUUUUGAUCUAGUCUGCAUUUUCUUGGGCAAAUCUCAGAGUAACAUUUCUCUCAAAGUUAGAAAGGUUGAAAGGUAUUAGGUAUUCAACGCUGUUUUCUAAUAUGCAUAUGUAUUUUCAUACAGUAUUUUGUAAUGUGUUUGUCUACAGUACUCUACCAAAUAAAUAAUAUUUAAUUACAGAUAGUUUCAUAAAGGGUCACAGAUGAGAAAA